CCAACCCCCCAUAGCUGUGGUUGUAUCUGACCCUUUGCCUCCAGCCAGUGCCGGGAAAAGCCUGGAUUAGUAGCAGAGAGAAUUGGGUAACUUAAUCUUCUCUCUAGGUGGGUCUCUUUAGGCCCCCCUCUCUCUCAAUCCAUUUAUUUCUCUCUCUUUGGGUGUCUGUCUCUAUUUCCAUGCUAUUUUUAUGAUGUGGAUGGAUAUUCUGAGCACCAGACUCUAUAGGGAACAGAUAUUCCCAUCGGAUUCCAUUUCAAACUCUUAUGUUUAUGAGAAGAAACUGUGCUAGGGUAACAUGUGUAAAGACAGAAUAGUCAUGAGUGCUGCUGGAAAAAGAAGGCACACUACAUACAUCAAUAGUAUAAAACAUUUACAUCUAUAGGUUUUAAACUUAAUUUAUACUUUCUUUAUGAGCUUUCUAGCAAUGUCCCUCCCUGCAGAACUGAAUACUAGACUAAGAAAACUUCUAGCAAUACAUUUUAAUUAAUUUAAGCUUUUUUUUAUGUGAUUGACCUGGUUUGUAGUGAAAGAAGCAGUGUGUGUUUAUGUGUGUGUUUGUACUCUAACCAUCUGUCUGGCAGGAUUAGGAGGGGAAGUGGAGAGGAUGUGCCUGGCAUUGUUUUGGCAUUGUCUAUUAUGUUAGUAUUGUAUCAAAUAGGUUGGUAUUGGGUGUGUAUUGUGUUAGUAUUGUAUCAAAUAGGUUGGUAUUGGGUGUGUAUUAUGUUAGUAUUGUAUCAAAUAGGUUGGUAUUGGGUGUGUAUUGUGUUAGUAUUGUAUCAAAUAGGUUGGUAUUGGGUGUGUAUUGUGUUAGUAUUGUAUCAAGUAGGUUGGUAUUGGGUGUGUAUUGUGUUAGUAUUGUAUCAAAUAGGUUGGUAUUGGGUGUGUAUUGUGUUAGUAUUGUAUCAAGUAGGUUGGUAUUGGGUGUGUAUUGUGUUAGUAUUGUAUCAAGUAGGUUGGUAUUGGGUGUGUAUUGUGUUAGUAUUGUAUCAAGUAGGUUGGUAUUGGGUGUGUAUUGUGUUAGUAUUGUAUCAAAUAGGUUGGUAUUGGGUGUGUAUUGUGUUAGUAUUGUAUCAAAUAGGUUGGUAUUGGGUGUGUAUUGUGUUAGUAUUGUAUCAAGUAGGUUGGUAUUGGGUGUGUAUUGUGUUAGUAUUGUAUCAAAUAGGUUGGUAUUGGGUGUGUAUUGUGUUAAUAUUGUAUCAAGUAGGUUGGUAUUGGGUGUGUAUUGUGUUAGUAUUGUAUCAAGUAGGUUGGUAUUGGGUGUGUAUUGUGUUAGUAUUGUAUCAAAUAGGUUGGUAUUGGGUGUGUAUUGUGUUAAUAUUGUAUCAAGUAGGUUGGUAUUGGGUGUGCAUUGUGUUAGUAUUGUAUCAAGUAGGUUGGUAUUGGGUGUGUAUUGUGUUAGUAUUGUAUCAAAUAGGUUGGUAUUGGGUGUGUAUUGUGUUAGUAUUGUAUCAAGUAGGUUGGUAUUGGGUGUGUAUUGUGUUAAUAUUGUAUCAAGUAGGUUGGUAUUGGGUGUGUAUUGUGUUAGUAUUGUAUCAAAUAGGUUGGUAUUGGGUGUGUAUUGUGUUAGUAUUGUAUCAAGUAGGUUGGUAUUGGGUGUGUAUUGUGUUAAUAUUGUAUCAAGUAGGUUGGUAUUGGGUGUGUAUUGUGUUAAUAUUGUAUCAAAUAGGUUGGUAUUGGGUGUGUAUUGUGUUAGUAUUGUAUCAAGUAGGUUGGUAUUGGGUGUGUAUUGUGUUAGUAUUGUAUCAAGUAGGUUGGUAUUGGGUGUGUAUUGUGUUAGUAUUGUAUCAAAUAGGUUGGUAUUGGGUGUGUAUUGUGUUAGUAUUGUAUCAAGUAGGUUGGUAUUGGGUGUGUAUUGUGUUAGUAUUGUAUCAAGUAGGUUGGUAUUGGGUGUGUAUUGUGUUAGUAUUGUAUCAAAUAGGUUGGUAUUGGGUGUGUAUUGUGUUAGGUUGGUAUUGGGUGUGUAUUGUGUUAGUAUUGUAUCAAAUAGGUUGGUAUUGGGUGUGUAUUGUGUUAGUAUUGUAUCAAAUAGGUUGGUAUUGGGUGUGUAUUGUGUUAGUAUUGUAUCAAAUAGGUUGGUAUUGGGUGUGUAUUGUGUUAAUAUUGUAUCAAGUAGGUUGGUAUUGGGUGUGUAUUGUGUUAAUAUUGUAUCAAGUAGGUUGGUAUUGGGUGUGUAUUGUGUUAGUAUUGUAUCAAGUAGGUUGGUAUUGGGUGUGUAUUGUGUUAGUAUUGUAUCAAAUAGGUUGGUAUUGGGUGUGUAUUGUGUUAGUAUUGUAUCAAAUAGGUUGGUAUUGGGUGUGUAUUGUGUUAAUAUUGUAUCAAGUAGGUUGGUAUUGGGUGUGUAUUGUGUUAGUAUUGUAUCAAAUAGGUUGGUAUUGGGUGUGUAUUGUGUUAGUAUUGUAUCAAAUAGGUUGGUAUUGGGUGUGUAUUGUGUUAGUAUUGUAUCAAAUAGGUUGGUAUUGGGUGUGUAUUGUGUUAGUAUUGUAUCAAGUAGGUUGGUAUUGGGUGUGUAUUGUGUUAAUAUUGUAUCAAGUAGGUUGGUAUUGGGUGUGUAUUGUGUUAAUAUUGUAUCAAGCAGGUUGGUAUUGGGUGUGUAUUGUGUUAGUAUUGUAUCAAGUAGGUUGGUAUUGGGUGUGUAUUGUGUUAAUAUUGUAUCAAAUAGGUUGGUAUUGGGUGUGUAUUGUGCUAGCAUUGUAUCAAAUAGGUUGGUAUUGGGUGUGUAUUGUGUGGGCUCUAUGUGUGUUAACUGUGUUCGCAUGAAAGACAACAGAAGUCAUCUCUGAUUAGUAGUUCAUCUGGAGACGCGUGCCUGCAUGAGUUUCUCUCUGGCCCUGAGUCACUCUGCUGGUGAAAAGACUUCAGUCCAGCUGUUGUUUUUGUGGUGAUUAUAGUGAGAGUUAAACCAGUGAAGUCACACUGUUGUUUAAGAGACAAUAAGCUGUAGUUGUAGGGAGAGAAGGUGGGCAGCAGGUGAGCUGAUGUCACCACCUAGCCAGAAGUCAGAGCAUCAUGUGGGCACGCUCCAACCUGCCUCACAACCCCACAAGCCAUACUGAUGUACCCUAAUAGAUCAAAUUGAUUUGAAAAACUUAGAAAACAAGCAGUGAACACACUACAAUACCAUUUUAAACUGUCAAAAUGGAUAAAUCAUGGUUUAUCCCUAUGCCUUUGGCAAGGUGCUUAGUUGCGGUUCAAAUGUGUGUGUCUGUCCUCAGCAAGGUGUUUAGCUGUCUAACCAUUUCCAGAGGAGCAGGCCCUUUAACCACAGUGAAUAAACUCGGUAAUGUCCCCUACUGUAAAUACUCAUGUCUGGAUGGAACAAGCUGGAUUCUUGGAGCAGAGAGAAAGAAUACUGGUAAACAGGAGAGAGGAGAAGCAGGGUAGAGCGAGGGGUUAGGGAGGGUAGAGCGAGGGGUUAGGGAGGGUAGAGCGAGGGGUUAGGGAGGGUAGAGCGAGGGGUUAGGGAGGGUAGAGCGAGGGGUUAGGGAGGGUAGAGCGAGGGUAGAGCGAGGGGUUAGGGAGGGUAGAGCGAGGGGUUAGGGAGGGGAUAGAGGGAGGGGUUAGGGAGGGGUUAGGGAGGGUAGAGCGAGGGGUUAGGGAAGGUAGAGAGAGGUGAGUCAGGGGAAAGAGGGGUUAGGGAGGGCAAAGAGAGGGGUUAGGGAGGGUAAGAGAGGGGUUAGGGAGGGUGGGUGAGGGGUAAAGAGAGGGGUUAGGGAGGGUGGAGAGGUUAGGGAGGGUAAAGAGUGGGGUUAGGGAGGGUAGAGAGUGGGGUUAGGGAGGGUAAAGAGGGGUUAGGGAGGGUAAAGAGGGGUUAGGGAGGGUAAAGAGGGGUUAGGGAGGGUAAAGAGGGGUUAGGGAGGGUAAAGAGGGGUUAGGGAGGGUAAAGAGGGGUGAGGGAGGGUAAAGAGGGGUGAGGGAGGGUAAAGAGGGGGGAGGGAGGGGAAAGAGAGGGGUGAGGGAGGGUAAAGAGAGGGGUGAGGGAGGGUAAAGAGAGGAGUGAGGGAGGGUAAAGAGAGGAGUGAGGGAGGGUAAAGAGAGGGGUGAGGGAGGGUAAAGAGAGGGGUGAGGGAGGGUAAAGAGAGGGGUGAGGGAGGGUAAAGAGAGGGGUGAGGGAGGGUAAAGAGAGGGGUGAGGGAGGGUAAAGAGAGGGGUGAGGGAGGGUAAAGAGAGGGGUGGGGUUGGGGAGGGUAAAGGGUGGGGUUGGGGAGGGUAAAGAGUGGGGUUGGGGAGGGUAAAGAGUGGGGUGAGGGAGGGUAAAGAGUGGGGUGGGGUUGGGGAGGGUAAAGAGUGGGGUUGGGGAGGGUAAAGAGUGGGGUUGGGGAGGGUAAAGAGUGGGGUUAGGGAGGGUAACGAGAGGGGUUAGGCAGGGUAACGAGAGGGGUUUGGCAGGGUAACGAGAGGGGUUUGGCAGGGUAACGAGAGGGGUUGGGGAGGGUAAAGAGUGGGGUUAGGGAGGGCAGAGAGAGGGGUUUGGCAGGGUAACGAGAGGGGUUAGGGAGGGUAAAGAGAGGGGUUAGGGAGGGUAAAGAGUGGGGUUGGGGAGGGUAAAGAGUGGGGUUGGGGAGGGUAAAGAGUGGGGUUGGGGAGGGUAAAGAGUGGG